AUGGCCGAUCCGUUCGAAGUGCGCAUGCGAUUCAGCGCCCAGCUUCAGCAUCUCAAUGCGUCCGUCGCUUCAGCUCAAAAGGCGACCCAGUAUGCUCUGAGAUACAAAGAAUGGCACGAGGACCUGCACUCUUGCAUUCUCGAGCAAGUCGAGCGGACCAAUAUGAAUACCCGGGCCAACAUAAUGUACUUCAUUGAGCACUUCCUUGACCAGGCAAGUAGAGAAGGCCAACCAGACUACGUCCGCAUGAUGCAGCGCGACAUCAUUCGCGUCGUAGAUGCCGUGGCCCCAGAUGAUGGAUCGGGAGCUGCCAAUGUCAAAGUUGUCCGCAAGGUCCUCCGUGCGUUGCAAGGUAAAGGUUUCCUCGACGACCAGGUCGCAGCGCAGAUUGAAGACGUGAUCAAAGAGCGCAGUACCAAGGACCGCGACCUUGGGCUUUCAUCUCCUGUGGAAAAUGCCGAACUUGCGGAGCAAACGCCGCAACAACUUCCAGGUCAGCAAGCCAAGCGGGUAGGUCCGGGGCGGCUGGACAAGCGUCAAGUCGAGCAGCGCCUCGAGGAGGACCGCGAACGACACAAGCGUGAACGAGAGAGUAUCUGGGCCAUUCCAAAGGGCGAGGGUGCUGAGAUGAACAAGCUUUGGGACGAGACGAGCGACUUUGGCGAGGACGACGACCGACUCAUUACCGAGGAGAACGCCGACUUUGACACCGAAAUGGAAAUGCAGCUGUGUCAACACCAGCGGGCUGCGAAUGGCGAGCGUCGGUAG